CAUCCUGACAUGGAUGUCUAAGAGCGUAUUCGCCAAUUAGAUCUAUGACUGAGAGAAACAAGUCUAGACACGUCAUGGGACGAUGAGUCAGACGAAUCGUUUAAAUAGACUCGCUUUCAUUUCUGCUUUCAGGGCGUCCCUCGGUCCGUGCAGACAACGUGAGAAUGCAGAAGAAUCACAAGCCAGAGGAGUCGUUCACAGUGGCUGAAAAGACCCAGAAGCUGCUCAUCCCCCAGGUCACAUACCAUCCGAGCAUUACGACCAAAACCUAUGCAGGAGGAGCAAAAGCCACAAAAAACAGCGCCAGUAACAAGCAGAAAGGCAGAGCUGGAUCUGGACGCCCCACCAGGCCGGCCGGUCCGGGUCCUGCUGUGAAACCAGGUCCGGAGGGAGAAAGACAACAAAAACCAAGCUCUCAGACACGCGCCAACAAACCAAAUCGGAAACAGGAACAGACAAGGACCAGAGAUCCAGAUCCUGCUCAAAAAUGUGUCCAGUUGUCUCAGAAGAACCCUCCCAGGCCAGAGGACAUCCCUCUGGGUAUGAGGGUCCAGUUGGACAGAUGUGUGGUCAAGGAAGUAGAGGUUCUGACCCGAGGACAGAGAACCAACCAGGACUGGUUCUCCUGGAGAAAAGGCAGGAUCACGGCCUCUGUGGCUCAUCGCAUCGCUCACUGUAAAUUUGUCAAUGGAAAGAGCAGAACCCCGCCCCAGUCUUACCUGGCUGCAGUCACAGGUGAGGGGCCGCGUGUCCAGACCAGAGCCAUGAGCUGGGGGAUUGAGAUGGAGGCCGAGGUUGUCCGCAGGUACCAGAGACUGAAGAGCUCUGCGCUGGGUGGGCCCAUCUCGGUUCAGGACUGUGGUCUUUUCAUUGAUGCUGACCACCCCUGGUUGGCUGCGAGUCCCGAUGGCAUCGUGACGGACAGUAAGAGUGGCCAAUGGGUGCUGGAGGUGAAGUGUCCCUAUAAACACAGACGCAGUCGAGUGGAGGACGCCUGCAGGGACGACCCCGCCUUCUGUCUAGAAAUAAAGAAAGACCAAGAUGAAUUUAGAACGGCGCCUGUCUACCAUCUGAAAACAUCCCACAGUUACUUCACACAGAUUCAGUGUCAGCUGGCAGUGACAGGUCUGCGCCACGCUGACCUCGUCGUCUUUACUCUGAAGGAGACGGCCAUCGUUGCUGUGACCUUUGACCCUGAAAUGUGGAAGGAGACUGUGUCCAAGCUGGAGGUGUUUUACAGGGAUGCCGUCCUGCCCAAGCUGAGGGAGCAGACACGACAGGGGUCCGCGGCAGCCUGGGCACCAGAGCAGUAGAUCAGGUCCGGUUCGUGGUUCAGACUCCACUGAGUCUCAGUGCAUUGAACUUAACGACAGAUUGUUUCUGUUUGGAUUGAAUGUUCUCGUGUAAAAGAAAGUUUUUGUAGACUUUUUUGUAAAACUUUGAGGAAUUGAACCAUGAUCAGGACGUCAAUUCAUCGUCAUAGCUGUUACAACUUACAAACUAUCAGCACUUCCUGAACAGGUGUUGAGUUAAUAAAACUCGGACUCCUGGUGCCUCCUGCUCAGUGACUAAGACUCGCCGAUACUUACUUCAUUAUGAAAAAUAUCAGUUCAUUCUAUUAAAACCAGCUUGCAUAAAUUCUUCACUGUUGAGGGUCUGGAUCCUGUGAGCUGAUGCAGAUCCAGGGUGGAUGAGUCGGAACAGAGCAGAUGUGAUUUAAAUAAGUAGUAAAGAAGAAAAAUGAA